AUGUCCAAGCAAUUGAAAGGUUUAAUAUAUCUGCUAUUAUAUGGCACAUCCUUUGUGAAGGCCAUAACAAUACGAGAUGAGCUCACAACGACCACGGUCAGCUCCAGCGGUAACCCGGUAGAAACCUCAACAUACCGCAUAACCCAGCCCAAGGCGAAAAAUCCCAGUCAUCGAGUUCCGGAAUAUUUGCAGCGUGUCAGGAAUGGCUUUGUCUAUGAAGAUGCCGAUGAUGUCAUUCAUGUCAUUGAGCCACCCAAGCACUUUGAGCAACUUAAAAUGUUAAUGCAGAGUCGUCAAAAUAUACCGGCUCCAGAGAUACGGGAACGAGGGACUGUUAAAACUAAACCCACAAGGCCACUGACCAAGGCCAAACCCAAGAAAAGUCUCAGACCACAACGAACUACCACAAAAAAACCAGUUAAAAAAGAUUUGGAAAUACAAGAGACCGAACAAUUGCCAGUGGAAAUUUUGGCCUCCGUGAGAAAGACGGAAAAUUAUUUGAGGAAAUUUAAGCCCAAACUGCCAUUGGCCCCUUUGCAGAGAGUCAAGACAAAGAAAAUCCAUACGGUCAUUUGGGAAAAGGCUCAAGAGCAACAGCAGUAUGUGCAGGGCCAAGAGAAAAAGGUGGGAGGGAUACGUCAUUUCGCCGAAAGCAAACAGAGGCGUAAAUUUCUAAAGAAACGCAUUAAACGGGCAGCAGCUUCACCGCAGCCGCUGAAGGGGGAGGACCUGUUGGAACACAUCGAUGAAUUGGUAAAGAAUGCUUCUUUAUAUUUGGAUAAUUUUAAAGCUUAUGAAGAUAUCAAUGCAGGCAUUGUUGCAGAUACAUCUCAACUAGAGCAUCUCGAUGAAGAAAAACUCCCAUCCAGCUCAUUUCCACAACAACAACAACCCCCUAUACUGGAAGAUGAUAUUGUUAAAAUUUUGGAGAACUCUGUCAAAGCCACGCAUGUUAUAAUGGACCAAAUUAAAAAUCAAUCAAAUUUUACCAACAUUCCCAGCAGAUGUGAAUACUCCCAGGGCCAGGGGAGCAGCAGCAGUCGAGUACACAAUUUGAGGCAACAAAUCUAUUGCAUGCAAGGCAUUAUAAAACUGAUGAGGGCUAAGAAACUUCAUGAUCUAGGCAAAACUGAGCCACCGCCAACUGCCUAUAGGCACUAUGGCGAAAGAUUGACUGUACGCAAAUCAAAAGACUUAAGACGCAAACCUUUUUUGGUAGCCGCUGUGGGAGAUGAGUACUUUGAAGACUCCACACCCUCACCCCUAAAUACUUCGCUGAUAUACGAUGAUGUUAUGACAACCAUAAGAAAUCUUUUGCAUGCCACUAAUCUACAGACACUGGAAGAAUCCAUUUUGCCCACCUCGACUACGGCCUCCCCAUUGGAGUCUGAGACUGAAUUUCUCAGCACUUGGGAAGAUUUCAGCAUACCUCAAGAUAAUUCUCAAGAGCCUGUCGAUUUUCACAAUUUAAAUCAAUAUUUGAAUUCUUUGCAAACUGUUGUGGCCAAUUUACCUCAAAUAUCCAAUUCAUCGUUAAACAUUCAUGAGAUAGAGGGAAAAUCCUCCAAGUAUUAUUUCAUUAAUCCUCUGGGAGGAAUUCACAAUCUGCCACAACCUUUUCAUUCAAAGGGUCAACGUCCUUUGCCACCUACAGCGAUAUUUCGUAAGUUUCCUGACAUACCCUCGCUCUCGGAGUAUCUGGGGGCAAGUGGCAGCCUCCUGAAGGCUACACAGAAAGUUAUAGAGAUCUUAUAG